GACACGAGGGUGGGUUGUGUCGGACUCAAGUUGUGAUGAAAUGUUGUCGGGCUGAGUGAAGGAGGCGCAGCAGGUUUCAUAGAGGAACUUUUCCUCCAUUUGACUUCAGUCUGAACAACAGAGAGAGAGAGAGAUGAGGCCCUAUUCUCUACUGCUGUCGAUCGCCCUCAGCUGCUGCUGCUCUGCUGCAGAGCCUGAUCCUCCAUCAAUCCGCCUGAACUCUGACUUCCUACCAAACCGGUCCGAAGUGGUUUUGACUGCAAGGUCCACUUUCAUCCUCAGUUGUCAUGGAAACGGUUCAGUCCACUGGACCAUCACUGCGUUCAGGCUGCAGUACCCGGACCCACUUCAGAAUCCGGUCAAGGUCAUGAGAUCAGAUCCCAGACACACUGGGACAUACAUCUGUAGGUACACCAACCGGAGCUUGGAGCACCUGAACUCCUGGGUCCACCUUUAUGUCUCAGACCCUGAUGACCCCUCCAGUGCCUUCGUCAUCCCCCGCAGCACCCCCACCCUCCAGGAGGGAAUGGACUUUCUCUUCAGGUGUCUCCUGACUGACCCGUCUAUCACCAACCUCACCCUCCAAUCAGAAAACAGGGGGCGGGGCCUGCCCCCAGGCAUGAACGUGACCUUCGACCCCCGAAGAGGAGCUUUGAUCCGAGACCUGCAGAUGUCUUUCAAAGGACGCUACGUCUGUUCAGGGUGGAAGGACAGAAGACAGGUCACAUCUGCACCUGUCGACCUGCUGGUGGUCCCCAGAUUGCGUGUCCCUCCGCACCUGUCCAUCAGUCAGGAUGAAUUUGUCCGUCUAGAGGGAGAGUUGUUUGAGGUCACUUGUCUGACCAGUAACCCCACCCACUUCUUCAACCUCACCUGGACACACCCCCAUAUACAGAACCUGAAUGUCACUCUCAGCCGUUACUAUAGCAACAGGCAGCUGUACAUCAACGGCACUCUGGUUGUUUCUGGAGUCGGCCAGAGCCACGCUGGACCAUACACCUGUACAGCUGUCAAUGAAGCAGGGGUCUCUAUGGCAACUGCACAGCUCACAGUGCUAGAUCGCCCCUACCUGAGGAUCUACCUGCAGGCUGUACAACCGGCUAAUGCUAACACCAGUACUGUGGGGGGCAAUGGGAACCUGUUACCGAACGUGAGCAGGAAACCAACAGAUGUGGAGGAAGAAAUUAGCCGCAGUACACUAUUUGUUAAUGUUAGCAAUAAAGGAAGGGAUACAAAUGAGGCGAAUGGUGCUAAGAGUGCUAACAGAUUGGUGGAGGUGUACGAAGGCAAAGACAUGAUCCUGACCUUUGUGAUGGACGCGUAUCCACCAAUCAGGAGCCAGCACUGGACCACACCCCCCCAACUCAACAACACCACGGUGCACCAAGAGAGCUACACUGUUAACGGCUACAGGUCAGAAGCCAGCCUGCUGCUGCACAGGGUUCGUCAGGAAGAUCGAGGUCGUUACUCAUUUUACUUUUCUAACUUGUUCUUCAAUGGAUCCCAGAACAUUGACCUGAGAAUUUACCGUUCUCCAACUGCUGCCAUCACAUUGAACAACGACACUCUAACUUGCAGCAGUUCUGGAUAUCCAUUACCUACAAUCCUCUGGUUCCCCUGCCCUGGCUUUCAGCGCACAUGUGGAAACGUCUCCAGAGAUCAGCUUCCUCCUGGUGGGGUGAUGUCACAUCAGGAUGAGGAGGAGGAGGAGGAGGAGGAGGAGGAACAGGUGAAGAUCUCGCUCCCUCUUUCAACAGUGGGGAGCGCUACUGUCCAGUGUGUUGCCUCCAACUUUCUGGGAGAGUCUCGUCAGUUCUUCACAGGAUCUCAGAGUGUCUUCACGCCUCCUCUGAUUGGAUGCCUGAGCGCCGCUAUCGUCCUCCUCCUGCUCCUAUUGGUUGUCUUCUACAAAUGCAGACAGAAGCCUAAAUAUGAGAUCCGUUGGAAGAUCAUCGAGAGCAGUGACGGGAACAACUACACCUUCAUUGACCCGUCCAGACUCCCGUACAGCCACAAAUGGGAGUUCCCUCGAGACAAACUCCGCCUCGGAGCCGUCCUGGGUUCGGGGGCGUUUGGGAAGGUUGUCGAGGCGACGGCAUUCGGUCUGGGAACCGACAACGAGGAGACGAGGGUCGCGGUGAAGAUGCUCAAACCGAGCGCUCUCUCGGAGGAACGUGAGGCUCUGAUGUCCGAGCUGAAGAUCCUCAGCCAUCUUGGUUACCAUGACAACAUCGUCAACCUGCUGGGAGCCUGCACCCGUGGAGGGCCCAUGCUGGUGAUCACAGAGUACUGUUGCCAUGGCGACCUGCUGAACUUCCUGAGGGCUCAUGCUCCAGACUUCCUGCCGUCCCUGAAGGGCUCCACCCCCGACGAGGCGUCCUAUAGGAACGUAGCAUCAGAGCAGAGGCUCCGCAGUGACAGUGGGAUAUCAUGUUGUUCAGAAUAUCAGGAGAUGCAGCCGAUCCUGAGCCCAGGACAAACCUCCCCGAGUAAGAACCUGGACUCACCUGGACUUACCCGGAGUGUCUCUCUGAUGAGUGUCUCACUGUGUGUUUGGUCCCCAGGUGUGGAGACAGACGGUCUCUAUGUUGGUGACCUCAUCAGGUUUUCCUACCACGUUGCUCAGGGUCUGGAGUUCCUGUCCUCCAGGAAUUGUCUCCACAGGGACGUGGCAGCCAGGAAUGUCCUGUUGACGGAUCGUCGUGUUGCAAAGAUCUGUGACUUUGGUUUGGCCCGAGACAUUCGCAAUGACGACAGCUACAUUGUCCAUGGCAACGCUCGUCUGCCAGUGAAGUGGAUGGCCCCUGAGAGCAUCUUUCAGUGUGUUUACACGGUGCAAAGUGACGUCUGGUCCUACGGAGUCUUACUGUGGGAGAUCUUCUCUCUCGGUAAGAGCCCAUACCCAAAUGUUGCCGUGGAUACCAACUUCUACAAGAUGAUUAAAGAUGGCUGCCACAUGGAUCAGCCCGACUUCGCUCCAGCAGAGAUGUAUCAGCUAAUGACAUUGUGCUGGAGUCUGGAGCCCACCAACAGACCAACCUUCAAAAUGAUUGGCCAGGUCAUCAAUAGGCUCCUCCCCUCCACCAACGACAUGGCGCUACAUCACAUGGACCAGCCGACGUACAAGAACAUAGACGAGUGCAGAGAAGAGUUGGAGGAGGAGGGGGAAGAGGAGGCCAGGACAGAAAUGGUGAAAGGAAGACAAGAGCAAAAGCUCAGUGGCUACUGAUGUGGAUGUCUAACUGUGUCAGAUCCCCUUGACGAUGAUAAUGAAGAGGAGCCAAUGAUAAAGAAGCUGUUCUGAUCCUGUCAUCCAAUCAGAAAGCUCCGCUCAGUUUAAAUCCGUUCAUUGAACCGUUAAAGUUCAGACAGACUCAUCUGUUUUCUAAACUGGAUCCGUUUCAUCUUCUUUUGAUUUCAGUCUUUGUGUUUUUAAAUAAAUUCAAUAAAUUCAGUUUAAACUAA